GGCCCCGCGGCGCGGCGCGGCGGGCGCUCGCGGCCAUGGCGGCGCGGCGCGGCGCGCUGAUCGCGCUGGAGGGCGUGGACCGGGCCGGCAAGAGCACGCAGGGCCGCCGGCUGGUGGAGGCGCUGCGGGAGGCCGGGCACCGCGCCGACCUCCUCCGCUUCCCGGACAGAACCACAGAGAUUGGGCAGCUGAUCAGCUCCUACCUGGGGAGGGAGAAGAACCUGGAGGACCACACCAUUCACCUGCUCUUCUCUGCCAACCGCUGGGAACACGUGCCGAUGAUAAAGGAGAAACUCCAUCAAGGGAUCACGGUCGUGGUUGACAGAUACGCCUUCUCUGGAGUGGCCUUCACUAGUGCCAAAGGGAACUUCUGCCUGGACUGGUGCAAACAGCCUGAUGUGGGACUCCCAAAGCCAGACCUGAUCCUGUUCCUUCAGUUAAGCCCAGAAGCAGCAGCAGAACGAGGGAACUUUGGACAUGAACGUUAUGAGACCAGCUCCUUCCAAGAGAAAGUUCUUCAGUCCUUCUUCUGCCUAAUGGAGGACAAGACCCUAAACUGGAAGGUGGGCUCUACUUAAGCUUCAGAGGGGAGUCCCCAUGGAAGGAUUCAGUGCUCUAAUGAUUUCCGUGCCUCCCCCGGAAGGCCCAGCUGACCUGCUGAUGUAACAGAUAGGCUUUGAACUCCUAAGCACCACUGCAUCCACUUCCAGCAACUGUUUGCUGCUGAGAAAUUCCAGCUGCAGCCAGUAAGGCUGUAAGACCCUCUGGGUUCUUCAUCCCACUGCAGACACUGCACGGAAUGCCAGGAUGGACGGGAGGCAGGGAUGGCAGCAAGCGCCUAUGAAAACCGGUAGCCCCAGGCUCUCGAAGGAGCUUCCCUCCCCCCUUCUCCCCACACAUACACAAAUUUGCAGAGUCAGUUUCCUAUUUGUUUUCAAAGGGACAGGAUUUCAAAGUCUUCAUCUUCCGAGUCAAAGAACCUUUCCAAUCUGUCGGCAUCAGAGGAGUCUGGAAGAGAAGAAGAAAGCGCAGCCUCAGUGGGAUGCUGGUACUGUCAGCGAGAAUUAGCAGCUGGAGGGCACCAGAGUUUGAGUGCCAAGUGCCUACAAGUUCCAAAACUCAGUGACUAACCCAAGUGAGGGCUCUGAGCAGGGUAAGAACAUGUCAGUGGUAUGGAAAAUGCACUGGAGAGAAUUACAUGGAGCACAGAGAAGCAUGUCAUCUUUCACAAAUCCAAACACAUUUCUGCUGCCACUUUUGUACACCCUUUCUGUGCUCCAGUUCUGCAUUAGCAGGAGACUGUUCUGCCUCAAGAGGCUCAAAAUGUGCCCAGAUCUGGACUAAUAUCCAUGAAGAUUUCUGUCCCAAUUAAAAGACACAUUUACCACUAUGUAUUAGAGAA